AUGGGCAAGUGUUCUGGAAUGACAAAAAAUGUAAUGAAGUCAAUGAACGACGUAGAAAUUUCAGAAUGGCAAUGUAACACCUGCAGGUUGCAUUCCCAACGACAGUCUGCGACUCCCGAGGUAUCUCAAUGGGCGUCAGAGCUGACCCCAAAUGAGGAAAAACUUGAAAGGUUACUCAAACAAAAUGAAUCUACCAGUGCAAAGUUGACCUCCGUCCUUAAUAGGAUGUCUUGUAUUGAGAGGUUUCUCGAGGCGCGGACUGCGAGGUCCGACUCGAUGAUGCUCAAAAUAGAAAAUCAGAGUAAAACAAUAGCAGGAAUCGAGGCAACCAUGAAUGAUCUGACAGCAAGGUAUGAGGAAUUGAACGUUCAUUUGGAUAAUCAAGACAAAACAAUAAAUGAACUACAGCGGAAAAUCGGUGAAGUAGAGGGAAGGAUUUCACAAAGGGAUGAAGAGGUUGGCGAACUAAGAAAGGCUAUCGACAAUGCAGAGCUGUACUCUAGACGCCAGAAUAUUGAAAUCCAUGGUAUAGUCCAACGACCGAAUGAAGAUGAUAUGAGCGUAAUCAACACAGUGGCAACGAAGCUGGCCCUAGCACCAGUAACUUCGAUUGACAUCGAGGCUGCCCACAGGCUAAAAGCUAAUGAAGGAAGAAUCACACCUAUAUUGGUGAGAUUCACCGAGAGGCGUACACGGGACUUGUCGGUGAGAAAAAGAACUACUCUUAGAAAUGAGAACAUUUUUAUAAAUGAAAACUUGACUAGAGCGCUGAAAAGUUUGUUGUGGUCCACCAAGGCACGUGCGAAGGAAAAAGGGUACAUGUAUACUUGGAUGAAGAACGGAAAAAUAUUCGUAAGGCAGAAGGAGGGAGCGGCGGUGAUUCAGAUUGAGAGCGAACGAGACUUAAUCAAAAUUAGGUAAUCAUGGAAUCGCUUUUUGAAUCGUUCCGUGAGUGGGACGGAUAUUCGGAAAGUUCUAGAGCGGAAAGAAGUAACGCUGACACUAAACUAAGCUUAAUUCAUGUAAAUGUUAGGAGUAUUUACAGACAUUGGGAUCAGUUAAUGUUAAUUUUAUC